UGAGUGGUAGGCAACACUGGAGUACUCCAAGCUAUCCGCCAUUACUUGUUUACAUUAUAUGGGUCGAUAGAUGCUGAACCUAUUAAUGCGAUUAUGCCGACAUCUUGCUGUGUCAUCGAUUGCACUAGCAGAGGGGAUGCAAGGACAAAGUUGUCAUUUUACAGAUUCCCAAAGAAACCCGAGAGAAAACGACUUUGGUUGGCGGCAUUGAAAAGAAAAGACUGGACUCCAAACGACAGCCAUCGUGUCUGCGGUCGCCAUUUUAUCAACGGUAAGAGCAAUGACCCCCUUGAUCCAGACUAUGUCCCUUCUGUUUCUAUGGGAUAUGAACCUUUACGGCAAGUAACACCAGGAUCCAAGAGACAUGUCAGACUCCGCAAGAGAGAGGAAGAGAUUGCCAGCAAGGAGAAUACUUCCCUAGCUGCCAACAUAUUGCUAGAACUCUCCGCAUCGGAGCCAAAGAACCAGUGUGAUCCUGUUGCAGAUCUAGACCCUCAUGCACAUUGCAUCAACACAAUAACUCGACUUCAGAGGCAGAAUAGUCAGAUGCAGCAGGAGCUUCAACGAUUACAAGCUGAGAAUGAGGAUUUACGGGCAUCAGUGGAUAAGGUAUCAUUUGGACCAAAUCUUCUCAAAGAUAAUAACAGCAGGACAACUUCCUAUACUGGGCUACCAUCAUAUGCUUGUUUCCUGUGGUUACUGAACUAUGUUGUGUCUGUUUUACCAAAGAAGCAAUGUUUAGAUUCUGCCAGUGUUCUGAUGAUAAUUUUGAUGAAGUUGAGGAUGAAUGCAUUGAACUUUGACUUGGCAGUCCGCUUUAGAUGCUCAGAAUCAGUCAUUUCAGAUGUUGUGAAUAAUACAAUACCAGUUCUGGCAUCGAAACUGGCAUUUCUCAUUCACUGGCCAGAAAAAGAUGACAUUAUAAGAACAAUGCCUGACAUAGUAAGACAACAUUUCAAAGGAUGUCGAUGCAUCAUAGACUGUACCGAGAUUUUCAUUGACCGCCCUGGAAAUUUGACAGCGAGAGCAUCUACUUGGUCAAAUUAUAAACACAAUAACACUUUGAAGCUUUUAGUUGCUAUAACCCCAUGUGGUGCCAUAUCGUACUUGUCCAGAGUAUUUGGUGGUAGAACUUCAGACAAGAUAAUCACUCAGCGUUCUGGAUUUCUUGAUUUGAUUUCUUAUAAUGAUGUUGUUUUAGCAGACCGUGGUUUUUUGAUUUCUGAAGAACUUGUUUCAAGAGGUGCAACACUUGUCAUCCCUGCCUUUACCCGUGGACUGGUCCAACUGAGCCAGAAAGACAUUGAAAGAACGCGCACCAUUGCUAGAGUUAGGAUACAUGUCGAACGUGCCAUUGGACGCUUAAAAACCUUUAAGGUCAUUAGUGGCCCUAUGCCUAUGAGUUUAGUUCCACAUGUAGACUCUGUCGUAACAAUCUGUGCAGCUUUGUGUAACUUGCAACCAAGUUUAGUAACAUAAAAAAAUAUGUGCAUAAUUUUCAUAUUGUAUAUCCUGUGAGAAAGUGAAAAAGUUUUUCACUUUAAUUUAUUGACACUUAUAAUUUAUUUACACAUGGAUAAUUGUUUGAAUUCCUACACCCAGUUGUGUGUACUGUUGAU